AUGGCUUCUCUUCCAUCAUCUUCAUUCGUUUGUUUCUACUUCUUUGGUUUCAUACUCACUUUGCUGUUGUUUCAUGCAGAACCAACUCAAGCUAGAAGAAGCAGCUUUGAUAUUCUCAGCUCUCCUGCGACAGGAGAUAGUAAUAGUAGCAGCUCCUCCAACCAUACCAGCAACCAGCGGAAGUGGGUGGGGCCGGUUGGCUACCUACACAUUACCGUGGACAUAAGAGGUUCCGGUGACUUCAUGUCCGUCCAGUCCGCCGUCAAUGCAGUUCCGGUCAACAAUACGGUCAAUGUUGUCAUCCACAUCAAGCCAGGAUGUUACAUAGAGAAAGUGGUGGUGCCCGCGACGAAGCCGUAUAUAACGUUUCAAGGAGCUGGGAAGGAUGCGACGGUGAUCGAAUGGCACGACAGAGCCAGUGACCGUGGAACUAAUGGACAGCAGCUGCGGACUUACAGAACCGCUUCUGUCACUGUGUUUGCCAACUAUUUCUCAGCCAGAAACAUUAGCUUCAAGAAUACGGCACCGGCUCCGAUGCCGGGGAUGCAAGGAUGGCAGGCGGUGGCGUUUCGGAUAUCGGGAGACAAGGCAUACUUCUCCGGCUGCGGGUUCUAUGGCGCCCAAGACACACUCUGCGACGACGUUGGACGCCAUUACUUCAAGGAGUGUUACAUCGAGGGUUCCAUAGAUUUCAUCUUUGGAAAUGGCCGCUCCAUGUACAAAGACUGUGAGCUGCACUCAAUAGCUACCAAGUUCGGCUCCAUUGCUGCUCAGUUCAGAAAAUCACCGGACGAUAAAUCGGGCUUUGCUUUUCUCAACUGCCGGGUAACGGGUAAGGGUCCACUCUAUGUGGGUCGGGCCAUGGGCAAGUACGCCAGGAUCGUAUACUCCUACACAUACUUCGAUGACGUGGUCGCCCAUGGUGCCUGGGAUGACUGGAACACAACUAGUACAAAGUGAGUGACUGAUUUUCUAGGAGUGUACAAGUGCUGGGGUCCCGGAGCAGAAGCGUUGCGCGGUGUUCCAUAUGCCCCGGAGCUUGAUUUCGACUCGGCGCACCGAUUUCUGAGGAAGAGCUUCGUCAAUGGAAGGCACUGGAUAUCCCCCUCUGAUGCUUAA